AUGAUGCCGUGCCGGGAGGAGGAUGAACCUGUGAUGCAGGAGCUGGAGCUGCUGAAGAGGGAGGAAGCGAAGGCGGAGGCGGAGGCGGAGGAGCAGCAGCUCAACGAGCGGGCGCGCAUCCUCUGGCUCGCCAACAGGCAGCGCAUCCACGACGAGGCGCCGCGCUACGUCGACGGCCUGCCGGUGCGGGACGUGCUCCGGCCGCCGCGCGUGCGUCUACGUCUGCGUAUGCGUCUACGCGGGCGGAGAAUGACCGGCUGCCGCCUCGCCGGGACGGCGGCGUGUCUGAACUGCGAGGCGAAGCGGCUGCGGUGCGAGAUGGCCGCGCCGGGGGUGAGCGUGCAGGACGCGUGUCGAAGGUGCGUGCGCAACGGCGAGGCGUGUUUGCUGUCGUUGGUGCCGUCGCCAUGGUCAGGCGUUGACGAGGACGGGGAGUAUCAUCACCAUCGUCACCAAUAUCAUCAUCAUCACCAGCACCAGUACCAGCAACAGCAGCCGGGCAAACACCACCCACACCAGAGCGAGUCCACCAUGGCAGUCGUCGUAGCUGGCCACGCCGAAGAGAAUUCGCAGCAGGAAGAGUACCACGCAAAGGUACGAGCGGCAAUGGAGCGGAUCCGCGAGGCAAGGGACGGCCCGGCGAGGGUGCGGCAGAGGGGCGAUGGGGGAUUGGUGAUGGCGCGGACGGGGGCGUGGGCGCUGCCGAUGAGGAAGAAGCGGGACGACAAGGAAGACUGA